ACCCAGAAGUCAAAUUCAGUGACCCAUAAAAAUCUGUAGUAGAGUUUCGUUUGUUUAAUUUUGACAGUCAAUCUUUAAUCUUACAAUAUCCAGAGGGCUGCAAUUCAGAUGUAGAUGUUAUAAUUCUUAGUCAUUGUAAACUUAAGUUAUUAGAAUGGCCGCUGCGGCAAGUCCGAUAGAGUUUGAGCUGGAGAAGACUCUUGGAGAAGGAGCUUUUGGGAAAGUAUUUUUAUGUUGUGACAAAACAGAUAAAACACAAAAGUAUGCUAUGAAAGUGAUUGAUUUGAGUAAGUCCCCUCAAGAGGAGAGAGAAGCUGCUGAAAGAGAGGCUAGAUUGUUGUCGGAUUUUAAACAUGAAAAUAUAAUAGCUUAUAUAGAUUCAUUUCAAGAAAAGGGUGCUUUAUGUAUAGUUACUGAAUUUUGUGACGGUGGAGAUUUGUCAGAAUACAUUGAAACACGAAAAGGAAGUCCAUUUAAUGAAGAUCAAAUUGUAAAUUGGUUCAGACAGAUCUGUAGUGGCUUACAGUAUCUGCAUGCUAGGAAUUGUUUACAUAGAGACAUAAAGACACAGAAUGUUUUUCUGACAGGACCACAGAAAACUGCUAAGUUAGGCGAUCUGGGAUUAGCAAAAGUCUUAGAAAGACCUAAUGCCAAAGCUGUUACAUUUUGUGGAAGUCCUUACUAUAUGUCACCAGAAAUAUUUGCUUGUAAACCCUAUGAUACAAAGAGUGACAUUUGGGCAAUGGGUGUAGUUAUAUAUGAAAUGUCAACAUUAGAAAGACCAUUUGAUGCUAUGUUGAUGCAGCAGCUAGUAUUUAAAAUUGUACAUGGAGAGUUACCUCCAAUGCCAAAAGAUAAAUACAGUGCCCAGUUUUGUAGUCUGUUAGAAAAGAUGAUGUGUAAAGAUUCUAAAAUCAGACCCUCAGCCGAUGAUAUUUUAUCUGAUUCCCUGUUUACAACAUUUAAAAAACCAAAGACCCUUCAAGCAGUGUCCCCAAAGAAAAGCCAGUUUGCCACAACCAUGUCCAAAGCAGGAUUCGAAAGCAUCAUUAUGCAAGGAACAAAAAAGGAAAAAGAUGUUUAUGAUAUGUCAAAGUUAGUCACAACAUUGAACGAAAAACAGCAAAAAUAUGCCCGCAGUGUCUGGGCAGCUUCAACUAAAGGUGUAGAGAAUAUCUUGGAGGAGACAAUUACUGAGAAAAAGAAAGAUUAUGAUAAAACAUCUAAAGGUUUGAGGUCUAUGUAUAAAAAGAAACCAGCUGACACAGAUGAUAUAGGUCUUGAUAUGGAUGCCACGCUGACGGAAAAACAGAAAGAGGCGAUGAAACCAAUGGAUCCAAGACACAUGGUCAAUUUAGUUGUACACACCUUGACACAGAUAUUUCCAAAGGGAGAAGAUGGUGAAGUAGAUCAAAAUCCUAUAGCUUUGAAUGCUGCAGACACCUCUAAAAUGACCCCUGAAGAACUACUUUUACAUCAGAUAGCUAUGCUUCAAGCGCAUUGUUGUAGAGUAUUAGGAUUUCCCAUGUUCAGGAGAGCCUAUGACCUGCUAGAUGCCACAGACGACAACAUGGAAUUAGAGGAAAAGUUGAUAAAACUUUUGACACCAGAGAAGUUUGCUAUGACUGGAGUCCAGUUGUUUUAUUGUAAGAACUUUGAAUAUAAUUUGGAUAAACUAAAGAGUGGACCUGGACAGACUGAUGCAUGAUGGUAAAACUCUCAGGCUGUGAAUUAUGUGUCAAAUGAUAGUCAUUUAUGUAAUAUAUGAAAGGAAACCUGCUGCAUGUGUGACCUUUGGAUUGAGUAAUGAUAAUAAUGGUUUAUUCCAUCUUCUGAGCUGCCAAACAAUGAAGAUGAAGCUUACAUGAACUAGAAAAAUUGAUUAAGGAUAUAAUUUCCACAUAAAAAAAAUUCAUAAAAAAAGCCUGUGUAAUAAUUCUUUGACAAAAGCCAAUGCAUGUAUCUUUCCAAUUGAAUUAUUUAAUUUUUCCUUAAUUUUACUGUAAAAAGCUGUACAUUAACCCUAAGAUGUCCUACUCGUCAAACAUUUAAGUUUGAGAAUUGAAUAGCUCUUUCCAUAUUUCUACUGAUCUGUGGAAUAAGCAAUAUAUAUAUAUGCUUGUAAAAAAACAUGAUUGCAGUUUAUGAUUAACCUUCCUGGUCAAGAAAAGCAGUACUAUAUUAUAUAUAUUAUUGUAAGUACUUCUGUCCUUUAGAUUUGACUUGUGUGAUAUUUGUAUAUUAUAGACAAUACUACAUGUAUUAACAAAGUAAUAUGUGUGACAACAUUCACACGUAAGUUUAGUUUCAUUUUUUAAAACAGUUUUCUAUUAAUAAAGUUUCAGGGGGGUUCUGGGUUAACUCUAAAAUAAAAUUACUACACCACAAAAUUGACUUCUUAUAUAGUAUGUGACAGCUUAGCUAAAGAUAUACAUGUGAUUUUUAUUUAAGUAGAGAAAUUUUGUAAGUGUAUGUUAAUUUAUAUUGUUUGAGGAUAAAUUAUAUUGUUAGUUAGUAAGUAAAUCAUUGGUAACUAAAGGAAAGAACAUAAAAUAUAAAUCCUCAAUCAUAUACAAAUGCAGGAGUAGACUGGAUUUAUUUCAAACUACAUUUCUCAUUUAAUGAGUUCAUUUUAUGCCAAUCUUAUUGUUGAAAAAUAGCAUUUUAUACUAGGUGUUGGAAAAAUUAACAUCUGACUCUUUGACAUUCAAUAUAAGUCUGAUGUCAUGGUGGUUUUAGAAGUACGUUUAUAAAUUUACAAUGUGUCUAUCAAACCAUGUUAAAGAAUAAUAUUAUGAAAUGUAAUCAUAGAAAUAAACAAGGAGAUGGCUAGAGAAAGUUAUAUUAGAUUUUAAGUAAAGUAAAACCGGUGAAUCAAGAAAAUAUUUUAAUAUUUUAGUUGUAGCUCUUCUUUUUUUAAAGAUAGAAUGAAAUAAAAAAAAAGUAUUCACAUUUCUCUACUGUAUUUAAUCGGAUGGUAUAUUAUGUAUGAUUUUAGGAUGCGUUAGUUACUUAAAGCUUGCACAUGAUCAAAUAAAAACGGUAUUGUGUUAAUAGAGAAUUUGCCAUGGUUACUGGAUUUAGAUCUGUUUGUUGCACAUCAUGCACUUUGCUGGUAUAACCUUAUGAUGUUCUAAGUUUAUGACAGACUCCUGUUAUAUGCAAACAGAGAAUUACAUUUUUAUAUUUACCUUUAAUUUUUUAUAUAACAUUGCAUAGCGUUACGGUUUGAUCAUGCACCGAGAUGCGGAUUU